CCCGCCCACACUCGAUCUUUCCUCCCUUUAAUAUCACUUUUCAUCGGUCGACACUACAAACGCACGCUAAAUUCUCUCUCUCUCUCUCUAGCUGUACAACUAAAAGAUCUGUAAAAUCUCCCCAAAAUCUCUCGUUAAGGGUUUUGAUUUGGACAGAAAUGGGGAGUCGGUUGAAGGAGGAUGAGAGGAAUGAAAGAGCUAUACGGAAUCUUCUGAAACUUCCUGAGAAUCGGAGGUGUAUUAACUGCAAUAGUUUGGGACCUCAGUAUGUAUGCACAAGCUUUUGGACAUUUGUUUGCACAACUUGCAGUGGCAUACACCGCGAAUUCACGCACCGGGUAAAAUCUGUGUCGAUGGCCAAAUUUACUACACAAGAAGUUAGCGCCCUUCAAGGAGGAGGAAAUGCGAGUGCCAAGGAGAUUUAUUUUAAAGAAUGGGAUGCACAACGUCAAUCCUAUCCUGACAGCAGUAAUGUUGAGAGACUUCGUGACUUCAUUAAGCAUGUCUAUGUUGAUAGAAGAUAUUCUGGUGAGAGAAGCUUUGACAAGCCUCCAAGGGCAAAAACGGGGGAAUCAGAAGGUUCUAGGAGCCCACCUUACGAGAACGAGCGGCGUUACAGUGAUAGGCCUAGUCCCGGUGGAAGAAGUGAUGGAAGUUCUAGAAACAGUUAUGAUGAAAGACGUAGUCCCGGGUAUGACCCAGAUUUCAGAAAAAGCCCAGCUCGGCCCGAUAUUGUUAAUGAUUGGCGACGAGAAGAUAGAUUUGGGAAUGGAAAAAAAUCUGAUGAUGGGAAAGUUUCUGAUGGAGGCUUUAAGGUUGAAGGUAGGUCUCCUGAUCACCAAAGAAAUACAAGUAUAUCGAGCCCCCCGAUAGUUAGGCCCGUUAGGGAUAUAUUGGGGGAGAGUGUUUCUCCUCUUCGGGUUAUAGAACCUCCAAAAGCUAAUGGUUCAAGGCCAGCAGAUGGUUCGUUUCAAACACAGAGAACCGCUUCUUCCAGUAUUUUAGCAUCAUCUAGUGGGAAUCCAACAGAACUCAGAACCGAAACUUCAUUAAUUGAUUUUGAUGCCGACCCUGAACCACCUUCAACCGCCCCGGGCCCACAAACACAACAAACUGCUCCCGCUCCUGUUCCAGUUGUGGCACAACCAACAGUAUCAUCAAAUGAUAAUUGGGCCAGUUUUGAUUCAUCUCCUGUAAUACAACCUACUCAAUCUCUUCCGUCAAGUUCUAACUUGCUUGAUGUACUUUCUGAGCUAUCAGUUCCUGCAUCUGGUAAUAGUCCAGUAGUUGCUAGCACACAAAUGCCACCUGCACCUGCAGUUACACAACCAUCAGCGUUUAAUGCAUUUGGUAGUUCUGUUGACGGAGGCCAGUGGCAAAAUGUGCCUGGUCAGCAAAAUUUUGUUCCUGCUACUAGUAUUCAGCCUCCUAUCACAUCAUUCAGUCAGCCAUGGAAUACCUCUAGUGGAGAUACUCAAAUACCUUCUAGUGCUCCAAGUGCAGAUUCUCAAGUCACAUCCACCAUUGAGGUUAAACCUGCUGCCAAAAAAGAACUACCUGCGGAUUUAUUUACUUCAAGUUAUUCACCAUUCACUGCUCAGGGUGCAGGCUGGUACCCUGCUCCACAAUAUGGCAUGGGAUACAAUAUGCAGUAUAAUCUUCCUCAGCAGCCUGUGCCAUCUUUUAUACAGCCAUCGAAGUCAUCAAAUCCAUUUGAUCUCAAUGAAUCACCUUCAGUUCAAGCUACGACAUUCCCUUCAAUGGCUCCGUUACAAACUGCUUUACCAAACACCGGACCGCCAUCUGGCAUGCAGCAAACCUUGGGCCUGGGUACUCCUGCACCAACAUGGAUGACCCACCAAUCCAUGCCGCCCCCAGGCCCAUCAUAUGGAUCAUCAAUGCCUUCGGGUCCUUUCAUGGGACAAGUACCUCCAAACACCCCACCCCAACCCAGGCCACAAGUAGGAAACUUUGGAUACGAUAUGACGUCCUUUGGUUCGUUGAGUAAUACAAAUCAACAACAGAGUGGAUUAUAUGCUGCGGCUGCUACACCAAACACCUCUUCUAACCCAUUUGGGUAAAUAUAAAGGCAAAAUCGCUAUAAACAUCUCAUGAAUAUUCAAGGAGUAUGCAAAAUCAUCUAAUUUGCUUGCCCCUGAAACAUUAAAGGAUUUUUUUUGUCCCAUAGUCGUCGGUUUGUUGUAGAUUUGUAUUUAUCGACUUCACCUGUCGGUAAAAUUAGGUUCGUGUUUUUGGGGCACUUGAGUAAGUUAAGGGGUGUCUUAUGUAAAAAUCAAAAGUGGAUGAUGUCGAUUUUACGGCUUUUUUUUUUUUUUUCUGAAUUUUGUUUGCUUCUAUUUCUUGAUAAGUUGUAUUAUAGUUUUUAGACUUGAUUUAUAUUUAGCUGUUGUCUUGUUCUUUUU